GAAAACCCGGGCUGCCUGCAUAUGUGUAAUCAAAGGUUAAAAAGCACCUCGGCUGACACCACGCAUGUGUUAAUCUGUGCUGCAGCAGCGUGCAUCAUUUCCACUUUGACCUCAGAGUUAAUCUGCAUUCAGGCAGAAGCUCCAUUGCUUUAUUCUUUCCCCCCCUCUUUUGCCCCCCCUCCUUUCCCUUUCUCCUGUGCUGAUGGAUUGUGUUGUCUGUGUACCGGUGUCUGUGUGAGUAUGUGCUUGUGUGUGAGUGUGCUUCUCCUUACCUUGCCUGCUUGUGUUGUGUGUGUUCUCCCUCUCUCCCAUCCUUUUCCUCCCAGUUAUAUUAUUUCUCUAGAUUUGGAAGCUGUCUAAACUGACUUUUUUAUAUUGUAGCUGCAAAAGGCUUGGGCAGGUCUAAUUUCUGCCCCCUUUGAAUAUUAAUUCCUGCAGCUGGGUGCAAUGUAUCAUCCCACUGACGGGACCUCGUAGGGGGGGGUGGGGUGGAAACCACCAACAAAAUAAAAAUAAAGAAGGAAAGGGAAGGAUCCAUCUGCAACCAAGAGGAAAGGGGGGGAGAAAAAGAGAGAUGUGUCCUCCAAAUCCAACAAGCCGGGGGAGCUCGAAUCCUGCAUUUUCGCUCAAAAUGAUGGUGUGGGCACUUGUGCUUCUCUCCCUCAUCCAGUGUUCUAGCCAAAAGGGAGAUGAUGACUAUGAAGAUUAUACAUCCAACAAAACAUGGGUUUUGACUCCCAAAGUCCACGAGAGUGAUGUCACCCUGAUUUUAAAUGGAUUGCUGGAGGGAUAUGACAACAAACUGAGACCUGACAUAGGAGUGAAACCAACGGUAAUUCACACUGACAUGUACGUAAAUAGCAUCGGUCCAGUGAAUGCUAUCAAUAUGGAAUAUACAAUCGAUAUAUUUUUUGCCCAAACCUGGUAUGACAGACGUCUGAAAUUCAACAGCACGAUAAAAGUGCUCCGUUUGAACAGUAACAUGGUUGGGAAGAUCUGGAUACCAGAUACGUUUUUCCGAAACUCCAAGAAGGCUGAUGCUCAUUGGAUAACAACGCCCAAUAGGAUGCUCAGGAUCUGGAAUGAUGGCAGAGUGCUAUAUACACUAAGGUUGACAAUAGAUGCUGAGUGUCAGUUGCAGUUGCACAACUUCCCAAUGGAUGAACAUUCCUGUCCUCUGGAGUUUUCAAGCUAUGGCUACCCCAGGGAAGAAAUUAUUUACCAGUGGAAACGCAGUUCGGUGGAAGUAGGAGACACCAGAUCUUGGAGGCUCUACCAGUUUUCUUUUAUUGGACUGAGAAAUUCUACUGAAGUGGUGAAGACAACCUCAGGGGACUACGUAGUCAUGUCAGUUUACUUUGACCUGAGCAGAAGAAUGGGUUAUUUCACUAUUCAGACCUAUAUCCCCUGCACACUCAUUGUAGUGCUCUCCUGGGUCUCCUUCUGGAUUAACAAGGAUGCAGUUCCAGCCAGAACAUCUCUGGGUAUUACAACUGUUCUGACAAUGACCACCCUCAGUACAAUUGCUCGUAAAUCUCUUCCCAAGGUCUCUUAUGUGACAGCAAUGGAUCUUUUUGUGUCAGUUUGUUUUAUUUUUGUUUUUUCUGCACUGGUGGAGUAUGGGACCCUGCACUACUUUGUCAGCAACAGAAAACCAAGCAAGGAUAAAGACAAAAAGAAGAAAAACCCACUUCUUCGGAUGUUUUCCUUCAAGGCACCUACAAUUGAUAUCCGACCAAGAUCAGCUACUAUUCAAAUGAACAAUGCCACACACCUCCAAGAAAGGGAUGAAGAGUAUGGGUAUGAGUGUCUUGAUGGAAAGGACUGUGCCAGCUUUUUCUGCUGCUUUGAGGAUUGCCGAACAGGGGCGUGGCGGCAUGGAAGAAUACACAUCCGUGUUGCCAAAAUGGACUCCUAUGCCCGCAUCUUCUUUCCAACUGCCUUCUGUUUGUUUAACCUGGUGUACUGGGUAUCCUACCUUUACCUUUAAAAUCAGAAAGGAAAUAGGUGAUAUGAGCCUUACUCACUGAAUUUCUUAGAGAGAUGGUUUCCUUUUGAAGUCCACUUAAAGUAUUUAUGACACGCUUUAUAGUGGUCUGAAUUCUCUAGUGCCAUAACCCAGUAAAUAUCAAUCAUAUCAUAUUGUUCGUCUAAAACUAUCAUAUAAUUAUUGUGAUUUAAACAAUUCCAUUCAAUAUGUUUAAGUGAUUUGAAACAAAAAAUAAAGCAGGUAACAUGCAACUCGACCAGCUGGAAUAGAAACAAAUAGAGCAUUAUUGGGGGAAAGGGAGGGAAACAUGCCAACUUUAAUUAAUAAUUGGAUAUUGUCAUUUCAAUCAUGAGUGACUGAGGCUAGAAUUUCAAAGUAGAGUACUGUACAGUUUGUUAGCAUCUACUAUAAAUAUGCUAUAUCUUUGUCCUCUGUGGGCUUUUCUUUUUGGAAGAGUCAUCUUUCACCUUUCACUUCAAAUAAAUGUUAGUAGGCUAGCAAAGUAACUUUCCCUCUCAAAUAAAAAUAGACAUUUCACUAUGCCUUCCCUUUAAGAACACAUGUACAAUGCUGUAAAUAUUUCAAUACCUUGUAGUACUUAAAGUCUCUAGUGCAUGCAUCUCUUUUGACCAAAAUAAAUGAAGCAAAGGUACCAUAAAUUAUUGUCUUUUAUUUUGUGUCUCUGGCUGUGCUAUUGUAACUGAAAUGUGGAUAAUUUUUUUUCCCCUGGAAAAAUUGCCCCGCUCCCUCAUGCAUGGAAGAUUCAAGCAGACAACAACACUUUCAUGUAAGACAUUAGAGAAGCGUUAAGGAUUGAAACAAAUAACAUGUAGACAGAACAAUCUGUAUGACCAAUAUAAUACUUAGUUUAUAAAGUAACUGUAUGUGUUUGCUGCUGUUUUAGCUCUCAUUUUCCAGUGACAACAUUGUUAUGUCUCAGCUGAAUUUGCAAUUAUUAUACAGUGCAAGAUCAUCUGUGGUCUUUUAAUACAUAUGUUUUAAAUGAAUCUUUUCCCAUAUUGAGCCUGAACUUUGAUUAUUCUUCUCAUGCAGGGUGUUUUGGGGAAAUAGAUUGUAAGCCCCUUGGAGCAGACACCAUCUUUUUGUUGUGUGUUUGAACAGCACCUAGCACACUGGGGUCCUGGCCCAUGAGUAGAGCACCUAAGUGCUACAGUAAUACAAAUACACUAAUAAAUAAAUAAUAAUAAUAAUACACAAUCAAUUUGAAUUAAUCAGAAGGAUUAGAAACAGCUUUGAUUCUUAGCAACCACAACAAAUAUUUAUUCUCUAGGUAAACUUCAGGUUCAUUUUGGUUCAUUAUAUUUGCACUAUGUAGACACCUAUCAUUCCCCACCCAUUCAUGUUUCUGAACAGCAAUAUUAGUCAGCACUGCUUUUUGUUCUGUGUGUACCUUUCCAAAAAUACAGACUCUAACCCCGGCUAGCACACAAUUUACAGGUAACCUUGAAACAAUAAAAGGAAAUGAAGAGUGUCUUUGCUAAUAAAUCAUAUGUGCAUAGCUUAUGUGUAUUAAAAACUAUUUAACCCACCUGGGUGAAUCUUGAAACUCAUUUAGCCAGUGGUUUUCAGAACCUGUAUGAUGCUCAAUUAUGCAAUGUUAAGCACAUGUAAAUAUUACUGACAUUUUUUUUUUAUUGUCAAAGAUGUAAAAUGUCAACUCUAGGAAAAUGGGUUUGGAGUUUGCAAUGAGAGCUGUAUAUGUAUGUUAUUACACAAUUACUAAUAGAUUAUAUGGAGACAUAAAGACAGUUUUCCACUGUUUGUAUAGUUUUGGAAAUAAACAUGUAUAGAAAGAUAUAACUAAUUCUUGAUCAUCAAUUGUUCCUUGUCCAAUGUAUUUGACAACCUUUUAAUAAAGGAACUGCACACACUAGUGGACUUUUUCAAUAAAAUUGCUGCACUCCACUCUCC